CUGCUAUUUAUAGCAUCAGCUGUUGCAAUAUAAAGAAUUGUAAGCCUGAGUGUACAUUUCACAGUCGGGAGGGAGCGAGAGAGAGAGAGAGAGAGUGAGUGAGUGACUGAGAUAGAUAGAGAGAGAGAGAGAGAGAGAGGGGCGACGGCGGCGGACCCUCCUGCUGCCCACAAGCUGCUCUGCUCUUCCCUGCUCUGGACGCGCGCCCCUUCUCGCACUUCAACAAAAACAGUCGCCGCGAUCAUCUGUUCAGUUAUGAGGAAGGCGGCUUACAGCUGGACGCCGGAUACUUGUUUCCCAGCCUCGCACAUUUCGGUGUAAAGAAGCCAUGGCCACCAGCGCAGUUCCAAGUGAAAACCUCCCAACCUACAAACUAGUGGUAGUGGGAGAUGGCGGGGUGGGGAAAAGCGCCCUUACCAUCCAGUUUUUCCAGAAAAUCUUUGUUCCCGACUAUGACCCCACGAUAGAGGACUCCUACUUGAAACACACCGAAAUUGACGGCCAGUGGGCCAUCCUCGACGUUCUGGACACUGCUGGCCAAGAGGAGUUCAGUGCGAUGAGAGAGCAGUAUAUGAGAACUGGUGAUGGAUUUCUCAUCGUGUACUCAGUGACGGACAAAGCCAGCUUUGAGCACGUUGACCGCUUUCAUCAGCUCAUUCUGAGAGUUAAGGACAGGGAAUCUUUUCCAAUGAUCCUCGUGGCGAACAAAGUAGACCUGGUGCACUUACGCAAAGUUUCAAGUGAACAGGGCAAAGAAAUGGCAGCUAAAUACAACAUUCCUUACAUAGAAACAAGUGCCAAGGACCCACCGCUUAAUGUGGACAAAGCAUUUCACGACCUCGUACGGGUAAUUAGGCAACAGAUACCAGAAAAGAGCCAAAAAAAGAAAAAGAAGACCAAGUGGCGCGGAGACAGGACGACGGGCUCGCACAAACUGCACUGCGUCAUCUUGUGACAGACCUCCGCGGGAUAGAAGGUGACGGACACCCGUGAACAAAGGAGACAACGCGGGCUGGGUAGGACCCCCGCCGUUGUGAUGUGUUUUUAUUAAGGUUUAUUCCUGGUGACUGCUCCCCCCCAGGAGACACAAGACUCUCUGCCCUCAAAAGACAGACAGAAUGGAGCAACGUGAAGGAGACCCUUAAAGAACGUUUGAAAAAAAAAAAAAAGAAAAAUGGCGUCUUGAGCUCCGGUGACCUCUAAUGAGGCUGUUUAAAGAUGAAGGACCACCCUUGGUGUGGCUGAUGAAACUCCUCACCAUAUCCAUAUGCCUUUUCCACGGUUCCUCCUACUGGAGCUCCACGGCUGUUCGUAAGCGGUAGUCAGACACUGUCGGGAUUGGGGGGCUUUAUGUCAAAUGAAUGCUGACUUUUUCCACGCCCGUAUUGGGGUGGUCCAUUCAAUGAGGUGAACCAUUUGUGAAGAAGGUUCAAGAGGAUGGAUGACCCUCAGUCUGUUGAUCCUCACUUACUCCACCGUUUUGCAAUUAGCCGGCCAGCGUCUUCAUCACCAUGGAAUGCGUAACGACAUUAACCGCUGGUGGAGUCUUCUUCAGGGAUGUUCAUAAAAAAGAACAGCAGCCCACAAUGCCAACAUGUCACCAUGGCAGGAAGGUGGCUUGUGCUAUUCCACUAAGGGGAUCAAUCACUUCUUCCACACUCACUUUCUCCUUUAUCCAUUCUUUGGAGGGGUCCGCACUCC